UAAUAUAUGUACAUACAGUAUUGUAGUAUGAAAUGGCGGCUGGUCAUGUUACCGAAGAUUAUACUACAAAAAGCGUUGAAAAUAUAUUGAAACCACGAACGAUUUUACUAUUUAGUGGAAAACGAAAAUGUGGCAAAGAUUAUAUUGCAAACGCUGUACAGGAAAGAAUUGGUCCUGAUGAUAGCGUUGUUAUAAAAUUAUCGGGACCAAUUAAAUUGCACUGGGCUAAAUCGUUAGGUCUUGAUCUUGAUCGACUUAUGGGUGAUGGAAAAUAUAAAGAAAAUUAUCGUUUUAAAAUGGCAAAGUGGGGAGAAAGUAUCAGAAAUCAAGAUUAUGGCUACUUUUGUCGCGCAGCUGUAAACAUGUAUAAUGCUUAUAGUAAGUCAAUAUGGAUAAUAAGUGAUGUACGCAGAAAAACUGAUAUACAAUGGUUUCUAGAGAAUUUUAAAGAAGUCUGCAAAACAAUUUGUAUCACUUCAGAUGAAGCAGUUAGGGAGAAACGGGGAUGGAUUUUUACUCCAGGUAUCGAUGAUUCAGAAACUGAGUGCAACUUGGAUGACGUAGACACGUGGGAUUUAAAAGUAACAAAUAACGAUGACGACAUUGAAUCUAUAUUACAAAACAUAUUACAACUCAUUAGGUAGUAAAGUAUAAUACAUUGUACAUAUAAAAUAAGGGUGACUGUUGCAUUACAUACAUAAUGUAUUCCUAUUUGUAUGAAACAUUUUUUAUUUUAUUAAGUACCCGCAAAAAUUAAAGAUAUAGAACUUGUAAUUGAGUUGAAUAAAUUGUAGGCAUACAAAUGA